AAGAGCAGGACUGAGACAGAGACGGUAUCCCAACUGGAAUCUGGACAGACACGGUGUCCUGCAAACACUGACACAGGGACACACACCCAGUCUUUGGGAAGAUCUAUUGGAACACUCUCCGCGUCCCCAGUUAUUGGGACUGAUCCUCAGUGUCGGGACGUUCAGGAUGGUGCAUUCUGGCGCCCUCGUCGGACUGUUGCUGCUCAUCCUUGGGGACACCUCCAUUCGCACCGCCCAGUGCCAGCAAGGGCACACCGAGCCUCAACACGGUACGAAGGUGCGACCGACAGGCGGGGAAGUGAUCGCACCCACUCCCCACAAGAUACCCGUAAACUUCAACCAAGAUACUCUCAAUGCAAGCAUCCAGAGUCGGAACAGGACCCGGGGAACAUUGCGUCCCAUGUGCAAGCAGCCGCCGGAGAUCAAAGACACCUUCAAGUACAUCAACACCAUUGUGUCCUGCAUGGUGUUCGUGGUGGGGAUCAUCGGUAACUCCACGCUGCUGAGAAUCAUUUACAAAAACAAGUACAUGAGGAACGGACCCAACAUCCUGAUCGCCAGCCUGGCUCUGGGAGAUUUGCUCCACAUUGUCAUCGACAUCCCCAUCACCGUGUACAAGCUCCAUGCUGAAGAUUGGCCUUUUGGGGUGGAAAUAUGUAAACUCCUGCCUUUUAUGCAGAAAGCGUCCGUUGGCAUCACUGUUCUCAGUCUCUGUGCACUCAGUAUAGACAGGUAUCGAGCGGUAGCGUCUUGGAGUCGUAUUCAGGGCAUCAGAGUUCCCAUGUGGACUGUUAUUGAAAUUAUACUCAUCUGGGCAGUCUCAAUUAUUUUGGCAGUUCCUGAAUCCAUAGCCUUUGAUCUGGUAAAAGUGGACUAUCGAGGCAAAAAGUACAGUGUCUGUUUGCUUCACCCCAUGCAGAAAACUAAGUUUAUGCAGUUCUACAAGGUAGCAAAAGACUGGUGGCUGUUUGCCUUUUAUUUCUGCAUGCCUCUAGCAUGCACAGCACUGUUUUACUCCUUAAUGACUUGUGAGAUGCUACGGAAGAAAAGUGGGAUGCAGAUCGCUCUGAAUGAUCACCUGAAGCAGCGGAGGGAAGUGGCAAAGACUGUGUUUUGCCUCGUGCUUGUGUUUGCCCUCUGUUGGCUUCCGCUACACCUUAGCAGGAUUUUAAUGAAAAUUUUCUACAAUGAAAAUGAUCCCAACAGAUGUGAACUAUUGAGCUUUCUCCUGGUGUUGAACUACAUUGGCAUCAAUAUGGCAUCCCUCAAUUCCUGCAUCAAUCCCAUUGCACUCUACUUUGUCAGCAAGAGAUUCAAGAACUGCUUUCAGUCCUGCCUAUGCUGCUGGUUCCAGAGGAAGACAAUGAUGCACGUGUUGCCCUUGGAUGAGAAACAGUCCUGCAUCAAGUGGAAGUCAAAUGGUAUCGAUCAUGGACUGGACCACAGCAAUUCACGUUCCAGUAAUAAAUAUAGUUCAUCAUAAUCCAUGUUCCAUACAACCAUCUCAAGGAAGAAUGCUGACUCUUCCUAAUACUGUACAGAAAAUGUUGUCAACACUAUAAGGAAAGAAAAAGUCCAUGUUGUAAAUUGUAGUCCCUCCCCAACAAUAUGGCAGAUAUGGAUGUACAUUCCAGAUACAUACUUUGUUUAAGGAAAUGCCAUCUGGAAAAUCACUCACAAUCAUUAAGCAUUCACUGCAACCUGAGAAGUAACUCAAUUUGGAAUAAAGAUGGGACAGACCCACCGACUGGGGAAACCAUUGGUAAGGCACUUGAAGGGUCUGACUCUGCACUUUCAGGUCACCAGAAAAUCUUUGAUUCUUAAAUGAAUCCACUGCAAAAUAUAUUUCUGAUUAAUGAGCCUGAGAUGACUAGCUUUCAGUUAAUAAGCAUUACAUGUGAGGAAAUGGCUUGCAGUAAACUAAAUAGGUUAUGCCACAUAGAAGAUGAGAUUUUCAAAAUUUUGCAAACAGUGUUUUAUUCUUUAAGUGGACCGUGGGCCGGACCCAUGCCCUUUUCACUUUAUCUGCAUCUUAGUCAUAUAGCUGGUAUACAUGAUAAAGAAAAUGCUGUUAUACCAUCAUUGGUAUACAUCAAUCUCAGAGAGGCAAGCGAUCUUAGGAGGGUAUUAUUUGAAUAAUUAACAUUUUAACUUACAUUACUCAACAAAUAAAACAUUCACAUUGGUUUGACACCUGUAAUGAAUGUGUUUUAAUCCAUAGCAACAUUCUGUAAUGAUGAUUUUAAUGUAAUGUCCUGUUUGAGCAGAUAUAGAAAUUGUAAAUGUGAGUAUAACAAGGUAUUUUAGAUUUCACUAUGAAUAGCAAAGAGGAAAUUUGCCACUAAAUUGCCUUUCAAUAUUACCAUUUAAUCAAUGUGCUGUGUUAUUUUUGUAUUUACAAUCAUUGUGACUAUUGCAUCACAACCAAGCUUCAAACUAAAACUUCAUAAAGCUUCAUUUUGAUUCAGAAGGCCAUAUUGUCAGCAAAUUGGAUCACAACUUUUUGUUUGUUUUUAGAAUGUGCAUUUAACUCCACAAAGUUUUGCAGUACUGAUAAAAUAUUAGAAGUAUAUUUUUUAAAAAAGCAUUUCAAAAUACACAAUUAUUUAACGUAUAAUUGGCACCAAUGUUAUUGUUGAAAACUUAAGUACCUACCAUAUUUCUUGUACAUAUUGUUUAUACGGCACCCAUAUUUUCUUCAAUUAAUUUAGCUACAGUGCAGUUCUGAACAUAAAUUGUCCGGGCCACAGUUUGUGAGUUCUAGCAAGUAUUUCUGUUUUAUAAGUAUAAAUACGUUAUAAUUCAGAUAUGUAUUAAAGCAAAUGAUAGCUGGAGGUUCAAGAAUGUGACAGUGUUUCCAUUUUCUUGCGCUAUGUUUAUUAUUCUCUCCUGUAUCAUAAUCAAUUCCUGUUUUAUUGCACAACAUUGUAUUUUCUUCCUCAUGCAUUUAAUGCAUUUCAAAUGUGAAUGUGUCUUACAAAAUAAAUUACAAUUUAUCUGUUAA